UCGCUUGCGACUGUUCUCGACCAAUGGGCUGUAAAUGAGAUCAAAAUCGGCGCCGAGAUCGAAAGUGUCUGAUGGUAUAUGUCUAUGGGUGUACUAUCGCUUUCGUUUCUCAGCUUUACAUUAUUGUACGGAAGCAGAAGCGAACUAAAGAGACUACAAGAUGGCAUCACAGGCGGGUGGAGGGAAUAAAGGCACUGCCAAAGAUCUGGAAGAAACAGAGAAUUUGCUAAAAGAUUUCAUCUACCAACGGAGUCAGCGCAAUGGAGAUGGCAAUACAACAGUGACCAGAGAACAGCUGGGUGGAGGAGCGCCGUGUGACCCAAUCCACAAGAAGCUUGGCAAGUGCCUGCAGAAGGUUGGAGAUGAGCUGGAUGGAAAUGUAAAAUACAAAAGCUUGAUAAACGACCCUUCACUGAAACCCACAAAGGAAACGUUUAUUCGGGUUGCCACUGCGGUCUUUUCAGAUGGAAAAUUCAACUGGGGCAGGGUGGUAACACUGUUCUGCUUUGCCUAUCAUCUCGUCAUCAAAGCUCUUGAGAACAGAGUUCCUGAUAUCAUCAAAACAAUAAUCAGGUGGACCAUGGACUACUUCCAGGAACAUGUGAUCCAAUGGAUCAGAGCACAAGGUGGCUGGGAAGCUGUCUGGUCCUACUUUGGAACACCCACAUGGCAAGUGGUGGGAGUUCUCUUGGCUGGUAUUCUUACUGGUUUUCUAGUCGUUCGCCAGAGCAAAGCCCAAUGAAUUAGUCUGGAACAUCUCACUUAUCAAUGCUAGUCUACCAAAAAACUUCUGGGUACAAUUACAUAGACUGCCCAUAACAAACAUAAUGUUUUUAAAAGGAGAGUGUUGAGGUGUGAUAUGGGAGUGGGUGUAUUUUUUAAAAAUUAUGACUUAUUCUUGUAAUAUAUAAUUUUUUCUCAAAAUAUUACAACUAUAAUCUUGACUUCUAAGAGGACAGAAAUGUGGGCUAUCUUUUGAAUGUGCAGAAAGUUUUUAACAUGAGCAGAAAUCCUGCUGACACGUAUGAGCUAUUGAAGUCCAGGAGUUAUAAUAUUUAGAACUAUAAAUAUAAUAUUAAUUGAUUAAUUUCAAUUAAUAAUUUAUUAUUGAUGUAGGUGCCAAAUGCACAUUUCAAGAGGUUACUUCCUCAAACAAAAGAGGAGGAAAGAGUAAAUCAUGCCUCCAUGUGUGUCAUCUCAGUCGUUAUAACUUUAAAUGAUAAAAGUUGAUUGUCAGGAGAAUAAAUAAUUUAAAGCAAUACAGAAUGUACGAGAGGCUUACUGCCUUUUAUUACAUAUUUUUAAUUGUCACCUGGUGCUGGAAUGUGUGUUUUCUUAAACAUAUAGUUAUAUAUUAUGUACAUAAUGUUUACAACAGAAUGCAAGAAAUUUCUGGCAAUUGGCGAUCUCCCCAGCUCCACCCUCUCGUCCAAAUAAUGUCACUUCAGGCUAAAAGGAAAAUCCACGACGGCAACAGCCAAAAUGCUAUUGACUUGAGUCUUCAGAACGGUAGCCCACAAACCAAUGGGUGGCAUCACAGUGGCUACACCCACUUCUUUUAUACAGAGUGUGGUUUAUGCUUGCCGUAGUGUCCGUGACUCGAGGAUACACAAGCCAAAAAUCAUGUCAUCAUGUAUUUCAUGUCACCGUCCCAAACGCACCCCAUCAUAGAUAAAUAGUUGUGAUUAGCCUGACCAGAGCCUGGUCAGCUGGAAAUCUGUUGUAUGGUGACGGUGACCAGACCAAUCUGUCAGAGCAAAUAAAACGUAAGGUCAAGAGCAGACGUGGAAGUACGCCUGUGGGAAAUUGGGACAGGAAUAAGAACAUGGGAAAGAACAGAAAGAAGGUGUGGCAAAUGAAAUGAGUUGAACAGAAGGAGCUUGUAUUUGGACCUGAAGAGCCACUCUUCGUUUCUGCCUCCUUUCCGUUCCAAGGAUUGGGAUUUGGACUGAACGUGCUGUCGCACCCAUGAUCCCUAGGCCACAGAGGAAAUGAGCGGUGCACGAUUACAUGCUCAAAGUGAGGGGGUGGAGAUUUUGUCAGACUUGAACAGGAAAUGCAUUUAAGUAAUUUAUUUUUUACUUUAUUUUUGUUCCACUCAUUGCUUUGAUGCUUCUGAACGUCCAACUCUCCAUCCACCUCAUCAUUGUGUCUGUAUACUAGAGAAUCCAUCUUUAGAUGUAUUUGUGAGUGUUAACUGGUAUGAUCUGCUGUAAAUUAGCAUGUUGGAGGCAAGGUUAUUAUAAUUAACGAAAACUAACGAAAUAACGAAAACUAGAAUUGAAAAACAUUUUCGUUAACUGAAAUAAAAAUAGUUUUUACAAAAACGAUAACUAACUGAAACUGCAUUUUGUGGUUACAAAACUAACUAAAACUAACUAAAAUCAUAGUGAAAAUGUCCUUAGUUUUUGUUUUUGUCAACUUUUUUCAUUCAUAAUUCAGUGUUUCUAUUUGAACAUGCAACACAUGGUAAAUAUGUUUACUGAGACUGGGAUGUUUACACUCCAACCAAAAUUCAAAACACCCAGAACUGUAAGAGUUAAUAACCUUAUUGGGGCUGAGAUGGAUAAACCAAAGGAAAUAAAAGCAAAAUUUAUUAUGACCUCUUUGAAUCUGGCACCCAACAUAUAGCCCAUUACAAAAAACUAAAACAAAUAAAAACUAAACUAAAACUAAGCAUUUUCAAAAAAUUAAAACUAAACUAAAACUAGAAAACUCACUCUAUAAACUAACUGAAUUUGAAAACAAAAAUUCACAACGAAAUUAAAACUAAAACUAAUGAAAAAUCCAAAACUAUUAUAACCUUGGUUGGAGGGAUAUGAUCCCAUGGAGUUAAAAAAAAAAAGAUAUUUUUAUAUUUACCAAGAUGUUAAAGGCAGAGAAGUUAAACUUCAAACCGUUAUAUUAUUGACACAGCAGAUGGAUUUUUAUACGUUCUUGUUUGUCAGUGCCUUGUUUUGUUUUUUACUAUGAAAUCACUUUAUUGCAAUAUUUCACCUUUUUCCAACACAAUUGUAACACUGCAAUUAUAUUACAGUCCUAAUGUUGUAAUAUGAAAAAUAAAUAUUUUUUAUUCCAACUGUGGCUAUGAAU